UUCUACACAGCGUCAUGCCCCUGACAGAAUGAUAGUUCACACAAUUUUUGUUCUUGCCAUGGAUUUUAAUCCAAGCAUUGAAAUGGUUAACAUAUUGAAAGAUAAAGUGUCUGAAGAAACAGUUGCUUCCUUUAGUUUUGAAACUGGGUGAAACGAUGGAUUUCUGGAAACGGAUACAUUUAGAGGUAUUUAAUUUUACCUGGGGGAAAAAAGAACCGCAAGAAAAACAAUGAAGGCUCUCGGGACAGAAGAAUUUCAGUAUAGGCCACAAUACUGAGAGAAAGGCUGGCUAUCCAGAAUGUCUACUCAUUUCAUGCCUUGCAAUUAAGAGCAGAUGCAGCAGGUGCUCUGAAGAAGUUCACGUGGUGGGGGAAUCCAAACCGUUGGAUUCUGAAAUUCGUUAUAGAUGAGCAUGAUGAACCCAAGUAAGAAGAAUAAGAGGAAAGAAAAAAGAAAACUGCUUACGUUUGGUUGGCUGCACACAGCUGGCGGGGCCUCCCCUCAUAAGAUGAAGAAGAGUAAUUGGGGCACUCCCCAGCCCACCCAGUGGGCAGAGGAGGGCAAAGACAGCACAGAGGCAGCAGAUAGUUUGGGGAAAGUGGCCAACAUCAGGCUGACAAGCCCAACAGGAGAGCCCCUCAGUGCUCUGACGGUUCCACAGUUGACUCAAAGUGGUCUUGAACAUGGCACACACACUUCUGAGAACACCCCUAAACCACAGCGGACCUUUAACAGGGCCAGGAGAUUGUUCCAUAAGUUUCAGAAAGUCAAAGGCUUCUCUGAGGUGGGAUCAAAAAAGACCCCAGCUGAAGGGUCAGAGGUCAACGUGAUCAGCACUCCCGGAGGAAGGAACAAGAGGAAGGCCUCUUUUCUCCGAAAGCAGCCAUCACCAACUAUGCCCAGUUUGGAGCUAGACCCUAGUGCAGCGGUCUUUGGGGGCCGGUGUUCAGCCAAUAAGACAGCAGAGUCUAUCCCAGCCCCUAAGGACAGCUGCAACCCAGGGCCUGCCUCACUGGUGUUUAUCAAGACAGAGGAAGUGGAGAACCAUCCAGGAACCAGCAAAAGACCUGAGGUCCGUGGUGGUGGUGACUCCCCUGAUUGGUCAGAUCUGGACGACCAGGUCGAAGUUAGGACUCUGUCACAGGGCGAGAGUAUCGAGCCACAGAACGAGAGAAGAGAGACGAAGACGAUGAAGAAAGAGCUAGACGUUAGUGACAAAGCAUCUACCUCUCAGCUUCGCAGCUUUGUCACACCACCAGGUUAUUCAAUGUACCCUUCAACAGUGUCACCUAAACAGUCCUGGUUUGGGCGUGGUGGAACCUCUUCAACAAUAUCACCUAACCGAUCCUGGAUUGGAAACAGUGGAAGCUCUUCGAAAGUAUCACCCAAUCAGUCCUUGUUUGGGAGCAGAGGAAGUCCUGUUGGAAAUGGCCCCACUCCCUUGACCCCGUCUCUGAUGCCAUGGUGCAGCUACAGGGAGCAGCACACCAAUUGCUGUACCCCGUUCUCCCCGGAUCCGUUUGCGUUACGGUCGGCAACACCCUCACCCUCGUCAAAUCAAGUCGAAUCGUCCAGUCACUUUUCUUUAAGUGACCUCCUUGACAACCCUCAGGCACCUGAUUGGAAGGUGUCCCCUACCUGUUCAGGUGACCCUGGCCAGGCAAGGAUGACUGAGUCCAUCGGGUUCAUCGACACCCACUGCCACCUGGACAUGUUGUACGGGAAGCUAGGCUUCCGCGGAACUUUCCAAAGCUUCCGGAGUCAGUACAGCCGCAGCUUCCCAGCGAAUUUCCGUGGCUGUGUGUCGAACUUCUGCAACCCGCGCCUGACGGAGCUGGAGGGGCUGUGGGAGGGGCUCCUGGGGGAGGAGCUGGUGUGGGGCGCAUUUGGGUGCCACCCCCACUUCGCCAAGGACUACUGCGCCAAGCACGAGCAGAUCAUCAUGAAAGCCAUGCGGCACCCCAAGGCUAUAGCUUUUGGAGAGAUUGGCCUGGACUACUCUCACAAAAAUAACACACAGUAUAGCAAGCAGAAAGAGGUGUUUGAGAGGCAGCUGAGGUUAGCCGUGUCCAUGGGCAAGCCACUGGUGAUUCAUUGUAGAGAUGCAGAUGACCACCUUCUGGAGAUCAUGAAAAAGUGUGUCCCUCCUGACUACAAAAUACACAGGCACUGCUUCACUAACAAAUUCUCUGUGAUCGAGCCAUUUCUGACAGAGUUCCCAAACCUGUGCGUGGGCUUCACAGGACUGGUGACAUAUAUGAGAGCUCUGGAGGUUCGGGACACAGUGAGGAGAAUCCCUCUUGAUCGUAUUCUGAUGGAGACAGAUUCUCCUUACUUCUUGCCACGACAGGUAAGCAAGAGUGUGUGUAGAUUUGCCCACCCUGGGAUGGGUAAACACGUCUUGCAAGAGAUCAGCAUGUUGAAGGGUGAACCACUCUCCUCUGUCUUGCAAACGGUUGGUCAAAACACUGUCAAAAUCUAUGGCUUGGAACCAUGAUGACUACAGAUCACUGCCCGUAUCCAGGACGCUGGCGUUCACAACAGCUGUGAUCAUUACAAAGACUGACUCAGAAGGAUAUGGACGCUAUUUGACGAUAUUGCCAUGGUCAAUCCCAUUGCAGUUAUAGUGAUUCUAUUAUUCUAGAAACAGACGUUGAUCUGGAGGACCUUUUUUUUUAUAUACAUAUAUAUUUCUGAUACAAGUUUAACUCAUGAAAAGUAAGUUUCUGAGUUUGCACCGACACAUUUUUUUAGGUUAAAAACAAACAGGGAAAAAAUGCAUAAUUUUCUGUUAAAAAAGCUGUCCAAAGGAAUUGUUAUCUGUUGUCCCUAAAUAUUAUAAAGAUAUGUUAAUUUGUUUAUGUCUCAAGUCAGUAGAAAGAUUUUGUGAAGAUGUUUGUGAUUUUAGUGCAAAAUGCUGGCAUUGCUUCAAUUUGUAAUAGUUCUUUAUUAAAGAUAAAUGUCUUAGUUUUCCCUCUGGGUUGUCUUCACACUUGAAUGUAGGUCUGUGUAAGGACAAGAGAUGGAAAGAUCAACGUAAAUCCCAGUUAGACCCACUGUUAAUUAAAAUGGAACUUCAGAUUGCUUCAUGGCGGAAUGCACAGCUGAUUCUGAAAUGGAACUGGCUCUGUUCUGGUGUAGAUUAAGGCCAGAUUCUUUCCGGCCAAGUUUGCCGCUAUCUCAGAAAUCUUUAAUCUACUUGUGAAGAGGACGACCAUAACACACAGAUAAUUGAGGCACAGGAACUGACUCAUGCUUCUGUCAUGUUUAUUGAUUGAAAAUGUUUGUGUGUGUUUGUUGUGUGUGGAUUUGUUGUGUUCUCAUUAGAACCCUGUCUAAAUACUCUUCUCCAAGGAAGCGGUAGAAUCAGUCUGAAACAAACCCACAAUACAGCAGUGUCAUGCUUUUUCAUGUUGUUAGAGUUUAGUUUUCCAGCACAGUAGUAUCACCCGCUGUUUUAUGCUGAAAAGUAUUUUAAAAUGCACUGGUUCUCAAUCAGAAGUAAGUUAAAAGAGGUUGUGUUAAUGGCCUAAAUGUCCCAUGCUUGUCUGUCCAACCUAUGUUGUAGUUGCUCCAUCUUUGCAGAAUAUGAGCAUGUGAUAAUGUAGCCACAUUAAUCAAAUAAAAAGAGACCCUCUUGAGAUUUUUUCAAACCCACAGUUUUAAGUGUGUAUUUCUCUUGCCGAUCACAUGUGUUAUUUAUGUAAGUGGGAUAGACUGUAAAAAAAAAGGUAAGAUACUGUCUGUGUUUUUGUGACAAAUAUACAC